AUGACCAAAUAUCAAUCAACCAAAGUGACACAUGUUUCAAAAUUUUCCAAGCGUCGACAAAAGCCUGGUUCUUUGUCGCAGGUAACACCCACUCAGGAUGAUAUGAACAAUCAAAAUAAUCAAUUAAUAAAAUAUAUCAAUCAAAAUACAACGCGAACAAUUUCUAUUGAUCUUUAUUCGUUAUCCAGAGGACAAACAACAUUAACAAAUCAUCUUACAUCAAAUGAUUUAAGUUUGACUGUGAAUGAUAUGAAGACAUCAUCCAAAAAACGUAAAAGAAAACGAAAUGAAUUAUUUAGUUGGCGUAAAAUAUGUUGCUCGUUACCAUGCACUAUUAGCCUUGUUACAUUUUCUGCAUUAGCUUUAGCAACAAUAGCGGUAGGCAUUUAUACGACCAUUAUUGACCAGACAAGGGUAUCUGCUGUUACCAGUACAACAACUGUGACCACAACUAGCACUACAACUACUGUUAUCACUUUUUGUUGGAAUUCAACAGGUAAGACUGUAGCUGGUAUUACACUUUCUCCGGGUUUGACACCACAUCAACUCAGUCUGCCAUUUGGUGUCAAAGUGGAUUCAUCGAAUACGAUCUAUAUUGCUGAUCGAUAUAAUAAUCGAGUACAAAAAUGGUUGGUGGAUGCUCCAAAUGGCACAACAGCUGCAGGGCAGUCAAGUGGAGCAACUGAUAUCGGAUUAAAUUAUUUGAGUGAACCUGCUAAUAUAGAAGUUGCUCCCAACGGCGAUAUCUACGUAGUAGAAAGACUUAAUAAUCGAGUUGUAGAGUGGACUAGUGGUGCAUCUAAUGGCACAUUAAUCGCUGGUACUGGAGCUGUUAAUGAUCAGUUCAAUGAACCGCAUGGUAUUGCAAGUGAUUGGAGUUCAGGCACAAUUUACGUAUCAGACUAUGCCAAUCAUCGUAUCGUGCAAUACUUGCUAUCGAAUACAACAUCAGGCAAAGUUGUUGCUGGUGGAAAUGGAUUAGGAACUGCUAGGAAUCAGUUAUAUUUCCCUGUAGGUAUUUACUUCGAUUCAUCAUCAAAUAGUCUUUUUAUCGCCAAUAUUGGUUCUCAUACUAUUGUUCGUUGGGUAAUAGGAGUCAGUAAUUGGACACUGGUGGCUGGAGUUACCGGAUCGGCUGGUAUUACAUCAACACUACUGAACAGUCCUGGUGACGUGACAUUUGAUUGGAUGGGAAAUAUGUAUGUGGCUGAUGUAAAUAAUCAUUGUAUACAAUUUUUUCGAGCCAGUCAAUCAAAUGGCACGACAAUUGCCGGUGUUACUCUUGUACCUGGUAGCAAUUCUAGCCUGCUAAGUAAACCUUUUUCAGUAGCUGUUGACGCCCAAUUCAAUAUAUACGUAGCAGACUAUAAUAAUUAUCGAAUUCAAAAAUUUUUUCAUUACUAUUGUUAAAUAGAAGACAGAUUCUUUCUUUUUUCUUGGUUUUUUAAAAGACUAUAAAUUUCAUAUUACUGGUUUAUGUAUGUAGACAAUCAUUAAUGAUAGGACAGCAAAACUUCACAUGAGAAUCUGUUAAAAAAAGGUUUCACAAAUAUCUUACAAAUUCAAAAAAUUUAAGUAAGACUUAAAGUUAACAUGCUCGACCUCGUUCAAUGGAUUUAAUUCUGCAGAAUAUGAAGUAUAAAGUUAACGGCUAUAACAGAAAAGUCGUACAGUAACAGUGAAUAACUGUUAUUAAUUGGUACACAACGGGUGUGGAAAUGAGGAGUGAGGGUGAAGAACUGUUAAUAACCACAAGCCCCAAAACAUGUUGUUCUUGUCCGAAUAAAUUUCUGUCUUGAAAUAAAAUUCUUUGUUAAAAGUAGAUUAGAUCAUUUUCUUUUCGAAAUGUAUGAUGAUCUAUACUUGUAGUUUUACAUUCGAUUAUGCUUGAGUUCAGUCAUUGAAGAAAACAUUAAACAUUUUUACUUUUUUUUUCUUGAUUGAUAAAUAAAAAAAUGAUGUUGGUUAUCGUCGCGUAUAUUUUUAUAUUUUUUAACUAUUCCUUUGUUCAAUCGGCUCAUUUUUUGUAAGAAACAAUUUCAUGGAAACCUAUGAAUAAUAGAAAAACAAGUUCAAUUAUUCCUGUAUUACAGGAAUAAGGGUGUGGGUGUGGGGGUGUGGGGGUGUCGGGGUGUGGCAGUGGGUGUAUGGGUGUGGGGGUGGGGGUGUGAGUAUGAGUGGUAUGGGUGUGAGUAGAUGCCGUUAGAAAGAGACACAUCCGCACCCACACCUGCACCCACACACCCACACCCACCCACACUCGCUUCCGCCCACACGCACACCCCACCCACAUCCACACCCAUACCCCACACCCACCCCAUCCUUUCCAUAUAAUAAUGUUUGUGGAGAGUCGAAAAAGGCAUAAUCUGAUAGCCACAACAAUGCUCUUUCUUUUUCCAUAAGUCAUCACUAUGUUAAUGUUCGAAAUAGUGGAAUACUUUUGUACCAUAUUAAAAGUACGAAAAAUGACAAUUUUUUUGCCUAGGUCCUAUUACCCCUGUUAUCUAAGUGUACUUCAGAACUCAGCAAUGGAUGGUCAGAUCAAGCUAAUAUUUUGGAUUAAGUACUAACUCUAAAAGGCCUUUCAUUUGAGAAGAUCAAAUCCAAAAUCAAAAUUUUUUCUGCGACCAUGAUACCUGGUAUUCUCACGGACCUUCUCUUAAGGACGGGAGACUAUUAAGGGUAAGGCUAUAAGGAAGGAACGCUCUUAGGGAGUUACGCUACAACUGGUAAGGCUAUAAGACCGUAAGGCUACAUGGGGUAUUAGCAAUAUAAGAAUAUAUAACGCUGUAGGGCUUAUAUAUACAUCGUGUCAAGUGUUUCUGUCUCUGUUAUCGAAUGAAAAAUUAGAGUUUUGAGAUCGUACGUUAAAGAAAAAACACGAUGCCGUGCAGUAUGAACGGGCUCUCGCUAGUGACGUGUAUAUGUAUGAGGUCUUGUGCUUUUGAUCACCGAUAGAUAGAACGGGUCUAUGACUGUUGUGUGUAAGACAAUUGUGUGAAAGACAAUUAGUACGGAGUGCAAAAAAAAGUGACACCUUGAGAUUAAAAUAUAACUAAAUAUUUAUUUAUAAUUAUAAAUGAACUAAAUUAUAUACCAACAGUAACAAUAGUGAAUGUGCAAAUAUACAAUAUAUACAACAACAAUUUUAUACAAUCUUACAAUUGAAAAAUUUAAAUCAAACAAUAGUCACUAUUUUUUCACCCUAUGUGAACCUAUUUCCCAUGGUAGUGAUCUUCUUUGAGCUCAAAAACUAAAUAACAUCUCCACAUCUUUUUUUGUUGAAUUAUAUAUAGAAAGAUGCAGUUUUUGACAGGCUUUUUCCUUAUGCAAAAAGAUUUUGAGGAGAGAAUUGAUCUGGUAUACUUUUAGAGCUAAAAUAUAAAAACUUUUCAUAAAAAAUGAUCAUUUUUGUCGAUUUGUUUAGUUAAAAAUAACACAUUAGAGACUCUUUGGACAUGAUUUAUAUUUGACAAUCUUGUUCUAUCAUUGUGUAUUUUACAGAUCUAAUCAAGAUACGUUAAUUGAUACUAAAACAGAGGGAUCCUUGAUGCUAAUAUAUGUAGUCAUGAAGUGUUAAAUAGAAUUCUCUAAAAUUCAUAAAAUAGUACCUGAGGGUGGAUUCAAAGAUCCGUUCAUAUCUCUUGAUAGGACUUUCAGAAGGGGCUAAAAAUUUGGCUCUGAACAUAACUUUUCACGAGCUUUCGAAUGGUAUAAUUUAUUUAAAAGUCAAAAUUUGUCGUAUGCAUGCUUGGUCAGUAGUCUGAUGCAUCCUCUCUUAAAAUUAAAUUUUCUAAUAUAUGAUAAAGAAAUAGGUCCACAUAGGGUGAAAAAAUAGUGACUAUUGUUUGAUUUAAAUUUUUCAAUUGUAAGAUUGUAAAAAAUUGUUGUUGUAUAUAUUGUAUAUUUGCACAUUCACUAUUGUUACUGUUGGUAUAUAAUUUAGGUCAUUUAUAAUUAUAAAUAAAUAUUUAGUUAUACUUUAAUCUCAAGGGGGUAGUUUUUUUUUGCACUCCGUACUAUGAGCACAGACAGUUGUGCGUAAGACAUUUAUGAGAAGAGGUCAUUGUGUGUAAGACAAUUAUGAGAACAGAUGGUCAUGUGCAUGCAUGUCGAUCAAUUUCAUUUGUACUGAUUAAUAUUAAAGAAAGAGAGCCUAACAGUGAUCAAUUUUCCUUAAAAGUAUUUAAACGAGUGAGAAUAAGAAGACAUUAUCCAUUUACAGUCAUUCAAAAUUCACCAUCAUAUAGAUCACAUUGAAAGUACGAAUACAUCAUGUCAAUUUUAUUUUCUCAACCUGAAUUGGAUCGGUUUUUAAAAUUUGCAAUGAGAUCAACAACUUGGUCUUCUUCACUUUUUGACAAAAAAUUUUUAUUUACACAUAGCACACAUUCAUUUUGCACACAAUUGUCUGCACACAAAUAUCUAACACACAAUUGUCUGUUCACACUAUUGCUUUACACACAAUUGUCCAUACACAUAAUUGUCUUACACACAACAGUCGUGCUCCCCACCCACAUCCACAUCCACACCCACACCCACCCACACCCACAUCAACACUCCACACCCACACCCACACCCACACCAACACUCCACACCCACAUCCACAUCCACACCCACCCACACCCACAUCAACACUCCACACCCACACCCCACACCCCACACCCACACCCACACCCACACCCACAUCCGUUCCGAUGAAUCUGAUCUCGAACUGAUAUCAAUCGUUGAUGAAGCAGACAAUAUUGCCAUUUGAUCAAGAAUCAUUUUAAUCUCGAUGAUGAUGACGAAGAUAACAAUAACGAAGAGGCAACUGAUGUUCAACAGUCGAAUAUAGUCUUGAACUCAAAUGAUACUGAACUCUAUGAAGAUCUAGAUGAUCUGAAUGCAGAUAUUGUAUCAACUGAUCAAUCGUCCUUGUUUGGCUCAUCAUCAGCUGUAUCUAACUUGAUGGAGGAGAGUCCAUCAUGCAAGCGUAAACGCCGACAAUGCUCAACUGCAGAGCAGCUAUAUGCCGUUGAUAUGCUGGAAGAAGCUGGUGGUAAUAAACUGCUCACGUCAAAAAAGGAAGGUUGCUCAAGAUAUCAAUUAUUUGAAUGGGUGAAACAAAAAGAUCUUAUUCAACUAUCACAGCAAAAAAAUGGUAAGUUUUGUUCUUCUACGGAUUAUGAUACUGAUCUCUCUUGCAUCUCUAAUUCUUUCUUACUUUGACUGAGUAUAGGACGCAAACGAAAACGGCUUCCAGGUGCUGGACAUAAGCUACAGUAUCUCGAACUCGAUAAAUUGCUUCUCGAAUGUUUCCGGGAACGUCGUACUGCUCCUACCAUUCAGUCAAAUGCAUCUACAACGACAACAUCGAUCGUCGUUAAAUGAGAAAAAGUAACAUUCAAACAAUUACAACGACGUGGCAAGCAACUUUGUAUCGAACUGAAGCAUGGGCAUCCACCAUCGACGAAGUGGCAUGGUCGAUUCAUGCGCCGCUAUCGUCUUUCCCUGCAAAAACCAAAAAGACAACAGAAGGUGCCACUCUAUGAGGUUCAUCUACUUAUCACUUCAUUUCAUACAUACAUCAGGCGUGCUAGUACAUGGGGGUCCAAAAUGCGGUGCUAUGGGCGCCUUCUUACCUCGUGACAUGGUAAAUAUGGACGAAAGUCCUCUUAGUUUACUCGGUGACCAAACAAAAUUAUACAUCAAUGAUAUGAACACAGUAAAUGAUAUUGAAGGUCGCAUAUCAGACAAACGAUUUUAUACUGUGAUACUAACGUUAUUUGCUGAAGAUAACACUCGUAUGGGUCCAGUUGUCUUGUUCAAAGGAAAAGGUCAGAUGAGUGACAAUGAGAAGAUGCGAUAUGCAUCUAAAGUAAAAGUGUUCUUCACACCAAAAUCAUUCAACAACCAAUUUUAAGUUGUUCACAUAAGACACCUCUUUUCCUUAUCAAAAAUAUGUUGACAUCUUUUAUACUUUCAGAACAAUGGACAAGUAUAUUAGAUGAUGGUACUCAAAAGUGAACGAUGGACAACCAAAGUUGUUUAUUACAGAUACAUCGUCUACUCUUUUAAACGAAUAGACAAUUCGUCUCAUGCGCAAACAAUGAACUGUUGUUGCUGUAACUUCAAAAGAUUGUACAAUAUACAUCCAAUCACUGAAUGUUCAUGUAUUUUCUACAUUCAAACACCAUCACUACGAAUGAGCCGAAGAAAGAAUUGAAAAAAACGGUGCUCGACUGAAGAUCAAAUUAACUGCAGCACAAUCGCGAAUAUUGUGCACUCGACUCAUGUCAUCAG